AACCGAUUUGUCACCAUAAUCGGAUUCGUCGCCAAUAGCUCUAUUAGUUGACGCUAAUCCAGAAAAAAAAAAGUAAAUGAAUCUAACAGCGCAAAUCAAACACGUCAUAACCGUCAAUCUUCACUACCUUUUGGAAGCUCCAUCAAUGGCGACACUUUCAGAUCCAAAUCUCAACUACCUUUACCUUCUCCUUCUCAUAAUCCUCCCACUAUCUCUCCUCAUUCUCCUAGCCCUAAUCCUCAGACCCCGCACUGUCAAAAUCCCAAUCAAAAACCGCCACGUCUUCAUCACCGGUGGAUCAAGCGGCAUCGGCCUGGCACUGGCCCACCGCGCCGCAUCAGAAGGCGCCAGAGUCUCAAUCUUGGCCCGAUCAUUAGACAAACUCGAAGAAGCUAGAAACUCAAUCCGUCUCUCCACCGGCGUUGACGUACAGAUAUUUGCGGCGGACGUUAGGGAUUUCGAAUCCGUUCAGAAAGCGGUUACUGAUGCCGGUGAAAUUGACGUUUUAGUAGUGAAUCAGGGCGUGUUUGUUCCUCAGGAGUUGGAGAAGCAGGAUAUUAAUGAAGUUAAAUUCAUGAUUGAUGUCAAUUUAAUUGGCACGUUUAACAUGAUUAAAGCUGCUUUGCCCGGAAUGAAAACCCGAAAAGAUAACGUGCCGGGUUCUAUCGCGCUUAUGUCGUCUCAGGCUGGUCAGGUUGGAAUAUAUGGUUACACUGCUUAUUCAGCUAGUAAAUUCGGACUUAGAGGUUUAGCAGAAGCAUUACAACAGGAAGUUAUUGCAGAUAACAUUCAUGUGUCUCUAAUUUUCCCUCCCGACACGGAGACGCCUGGUCUUGCUGAAGAAAAUAAAAGAAGGCCGCAGUUGACGAGUAUAAUUGCAGCCUCCUCUGGUGCAAUGAAAGCUGAGGAAGUGGCAAAAAGAGCUUUAGAUGGAAUUAAAUGUGGUAGCUUUUUUGUGCCUUGUAACUUUGAGGGAGUGUUGUUGACUAUUGCAACUGCUGGUUUAUCUCCUCAGAGAUCAUUGGUGAUGGCAUUUGUUGAGGUUGUUGCUGCUGGUUUAGUGCGUCUAGUUGGUCUUUUCUUCCAGUGGAAUUGGUAUUCGAGUAUAGAGAAGUGGCACACACAAAAGAAAUUAAUCAGUAGUGCAAUGGAAUGAGCAGUACAGAACUGGUUAUAAUCCUCUGUUUGGUUGGAUUAAAACAUUGAACGGACCUACAUGUUUUGUGCUUGAUGGUGGGCAAAUGCAAAUGUAAUCUUGGAUGGCAACUUUCAAUUGCUGUGGGGAUUCCCUGUUUAUGAUCUUUCCUGAAGUUGAUUGACUGGAUUAUGAGCUACAGAAAGCCUCUUAGUCCCGGCGUUUUGUGGACGACAGUUUGAUAAUGAUUCAAGACUAACAACUGAAUUUUCAUAAAGUGGUCUUAGAGCUACAUAUAAACUGUUAUUUUACUGUGUAGAUUUUCUCCAGCCAAUGGUUUUUGUGGAAGUUAAUGUAGUUGAAAGCUGUACAUCAUGUAUGAGUAUAAAUACAAGAAAAAUGUAUGGUUUUCUAAAGUUUGACAUGGUUGCAUGAUAUUAAACUGCAAUUAAAGCAAAAUCAAUAGAUUGUUUUGACGAAAAUUUUAAUCUA